AAAGUGCCGCGCCACGACCCAUUCAAAGGUACCCAACAAACACACCAAUCAAUCAGCAACAUCAUGAUGUGUAUACCGUAUGUGUGUGUGUGUGUGUUCAGAUUUCCGUCCGUUCCAUCUGUCGAUGUACGCCAAGCGGCCGCCAUGGGAGAAGUUUGAGGAAAUCUACAAGGCAGGCCAUUGCACUGCACGCCACACAUCGAAGCAUACACAUGAUGACCUGCUCUGUGUGUGCGUGUGUCAGGACGACGAGCCGCUUGAAGAGGAGGAAGACCUGCAGGCGCUCGAAGACAUCAGAAAUGCACUCGAUGUGAGGGAAGCGAACGAAGGGUCAUGACACGUCCCUUCCUGCAUGUGUGUCGACUCCACCUCCUGUCUGCAUGUCCGUGUGUGUCUUUCGUCGAUCCAUCAGGAGAGGGAGACGCUGCACACGGCGGACUUUGACGUGAUUGACGACACGGGCGAGCUGAGAUCGAGGUCACUCAGCGACAUUGCACGAGGUGGGUGCAUGAAGAUACCGACACCCAAACCCCCAUCCAUCCAUCCAUCCAGCCACACGCACACCUGUACGUGUCGGUAUGUUGCCGUGUCUUUUUCAGGUUCGUCAUCUGCUGAUGGGUACCUCUCAGCCCGCCACAGCCGAGACGAUGAGGCCGACAAUGAGGAGGAAGCCGGCGAUGACGAGCAAGAGGCAAGCGACACUCACCAUACACACACACACACACACACACGAAUGCGUUGGCCGGACCAAUGGGUGCAUUGCAUGUGUCUGUGUGUGUGCAGGGUGACGAAGGCGACCUGGGUGAUGAAGGUUUGUCGGGCGAUGAGGAUGCGGACGAAGACAUCGAGGAUGCCGCCACGCUGCCACCUAUCGACCGGACAUAGGCUGGAUGGAACCAAUCGUGUCUUCUGCAUGAUCACGCGUGUGUUAAACUUUGUCGUGUUCGUGGAUGAUACGCGACCCGAUGCUGGCUGCGAAGAGCCCGUAUGCAGUGCGUGUGUCAUAAUCGCGUCUGUCACUGUCCUCUCCGGUCUUUCCAUGAUGUCAACUCGAC